AUACCAUAUGAGUUUAAUGGCUGAAACCACGGUGUGGUAUCACUAUGGUUUCCUCUACUCACUAUCCUAAAGCCCUAACCCUAAGCUUGAUCCAGCCCCGUCCCAAUCCUCCUCCCUCCACUCGCACGGCGGCGCCGCCUCCUCCUCCUUGAAUUCGGUUAUCUUAAACGGCGACAAAAUCGUCAAACGUUUUACCAAGAAUAUGAGCUGGUCAGCGCUUCUUUCUAUCAACAAUUCAAUCUCACCCGCCCUCCACCGUUCUCUGACGCUCAAACCCAGGAUUCUGUCCAUCGCGCCUGUCGCCUGCCUCAACGUGGACGUGCGCGCACCUGAUUCCAGUCAAAAUCCGUUGCUUCACGAGAAGAGAAGCUCGGAAGUAAUUGCCGACGAUAAGGAAUUUAUAGUGGGGACGUAUGCGAGGUCGCCGGUGGUGUUGGCGAGUGGAAAAGGGUGUAAAUUGUACGAUGUUGAAGGGCGAGAGUAUUUGGACUUGACUUCUGGUAUUGCCGUGAAUGCCCUCGGACAUGGGGACCCUGAUUGGGUGCGCGCCGUCACGGAACAAUCUGAAGUCCUAGCGCAUGUCAGCAAUAUCUACUACACUGUUCCUCAGGUCGAGCUUGCAAAACGGCUGGUUGUCAGCUCAUUUGCUGAUCGUGUGUUCUUUUGCAACUCUGGAACUGAGGCUAAUGAAGCUGCAAUUAAGUUUUCAAGAAAGUUCCAAAGAUUCUCGCAUCCUGAUUUGAAGGACCCUCCUGUAGAGUUUAUUGCCUUCACGAAUUGCUUUCACGGUAGAACAAUGGGUGCUCUUGCAUUGACGAGCAAAGAGCAGUACAGAUCACCAUUUGAACCUGUUAUGUCUGGCGUCACUUUCUUAGAAUAUGGUAAUACUCAAGCAGCAGUAGAAUUGAUUCGGAGUGGAAAGGUUGCUGCAGUUUUUGUGGAACCAAUUCAAGGUGAAGGUGGUAUAUACGGUGCAACAAAGGAAUUUUUGCAAUCUUUGCGCACUGCAUGUGAUAAUGCCGGCUGCCUUCUUGUAUUUGAUGAGGUACAAUGUGGCUUGGGUCGAACUGGUUAUCUCUGGGCUCAUGAAGCUUUUGGUGUAUACCCAGAUAUAAUGACUCUUGCAAAGCCUCUUGCUGGAGGUCUUCCCAUUGGUGCUGUAUUGGUCACCGAAAGAGUUGCUUCUGCCAUCAAUUUUGGAGAUCACGGCAGCACCUUUGCAGGUAACCCUCUUGUUUGCAGUGCUGGAAUUGCUGUACUGGAUAAAAUAUCAAACCCAAGCUUUUUGGCCAGUGUGUCAGACAAAGGUCAGUAUUUCAAAGAUUUAUUAGUCGAAAAGUUAGGUGGAAACUCUCACGUGAAAGAAAUACGAGGGUUUGGGCUCAUCAUUGGUAUAGAGCUCGAUGCAGCAGCCUCACCAUUGGUUGAUGCAUGCCAAAAAUCUGGGCUUCUCGUUCUGACUGCCGGGAAAGGAAACGUCGUUCGCAUUGUACCCCCAUUGAUCAUCUCAAAGCAGGAAUUGGACCAAGCUGCUGAGAUAUUGAUUAAUUGUUUUCCAGUACUUGAUCAGGGUACCAAGAAUUAGUCGCCACUGCCAGCAUUUAGGAUUUCGCGAACUUUGUCCUGAUUAAAUGUGGGAGUUUUGAGUGAUAAAUGUAAUACCCAUGUAGAUUUUCUUCUAUAGAACUAAUGAAGUGUUCGUAUGUUUAUAUAGCACCAUGUAUUUUGUUAGCUCACAUCAGAUUUUCUUGAGUACGCUGUGAUAUCUUUAAUAACCUCAGUAUGAUGGUGAGAGAUAGAUGCUAUUCUUAUGGGUAAAUUCCACUUGUGACAAUUUGAUUA